AGGCUUACUCUUUCUCUCUCUUUAAUUUCCAGCUACAUACUCUCUACUAUUUGUAAUAAUAUCUACAAUCAAUAAUAACAUAUAUACAAAUCAACCAAAAAAGUUACAUUACUAAAAACUUUCCUUUUCAGUUUCCACUUCUCUGAGAUGCUGAAAAGUGAGCAUCAUAAUUAGUGGCUUGUUUGGGUGCCUGAAAAGGAUGCCAAUUCAGAAAUGGUUUGCACUGAGAAUGAAUUAUUGGAGUGGAAAGAUUUCCCAAAAGGACUUAGAGUUCUUCUUCUUGAUAAAGACUCCAAUUUUGCCUCACAAAUGAGAUCAAGGCUUCAACAAAUGGACUAUAUAGUUUACACAUUCUGCAAUGAGAAUGAGGCUCUGUCUGCAAUCUCAAGCAAGUCGGAAGUGUUCCAUGUUGCCAUUGUAGAGAUAAGUGCUGGCAACAGCGAUGGAGGAUUCAAAUUUCUCGAAAGUGCUAAAGAUCUACCAACUAUAAUGGUUUCAGAUAUUCACUCUAUUAACAUCACGAUGAAGUGUAUAGCGCUUGGUGCAGUUGAGUUCCUUCAGAAACCAUUAUCAGAUGAUAAACUGAGAAAUAUAUGGCAGCAUGUAGUUCACAAGGCAUUUCAUUCUGGAGGAAAGAGUGUCUCUGAGUCACUAAAGCCGGUUAGAGAAUCUCUUUUGUCCAUGCUAGAGCUCCAACCAGUAAAACACGAAGCAGAUAAUGAGAAUACUAAUGAAGCAGAACCCUUGACCUCAGUGGUGGAAAACCAAAAAGCAUCAUCAUCCUGCUGCGAUAAAUAUCCAGCUCCUUCAACCCCACAACAGAAACAAGGAGUGAGGUCAGUGGAUGAUGUUGAUUACCAAGAUCAUACUAUCUUGUCAAAUGAACAAGAUAGUGGGAUGCAUGAAGGGGACACAAAAUCUGUCGAAACUACUUCUUGCGAUUCUGUUGCUGAGACUACUGUCUUGGCAGAUUCUUUCGAGCGUCUAGGAGAGGCUAUCACAAAGGAGGAACACUAUUCUGCUGCUGAUCAAAAUAUGGAGGAUCCUAUUGCUACUUGUUCACGAAGUAAUGACAAUGGCAGUACUUGUUCUGCUGACCCAAAUAAAGCUUCUGGUCUCCAUAGUUCAAGUGGGACAAAAGCUAAUAAGAAGAAAAUGAAGGUAGACUGGACACCUGAACUACACAAGAAAUUUGUUAAAGCAGUAGAAAAAAUUGGUAUUGAUCAAGCCAUUCCUUCUCGAAUACUAGAGCUGAUGAAAGUAGAAGGCCUGACGAGACAUAAUAUAGCUAGCCAUCUCCAGAAAUUCAGGAUGCAGCGGAAGCAAAUCUUGCCAAAGGAAGACGAAAGAAGGUGGCCUUGUCCUCAACCUAGAGAUCCAGUACAGAGGACCUAUCCACAUAAACCUGUCAUGGCCUUCCCAACCCAUCAUUCUAACCAUGCAACCACAGCUGGUCAAUUCUAUCCUGCCUGGAUACCACCAGGAGGUUACCCGAAUGGUGCACAUAUGUGGAAUUCGCCUUAUUAUCAUGGAUGGCAACCGCCUGAGACAUGGCACUGGAAUCCUCAACCAGGGCUGUACGCUGAUGUAUGGGGUUGCCCCGUUACGCCUCCAUCUUUAGGAUCACGUACACCAUACCCUCAGAAUGCAUCUGGAUUUCACAGGGCUGAGGGAAUGCAGAAUGGAUAUAGCAUAAUACAGAAAUCAGUCGAUCUUCACCCGGCAGAGGAGGUGAUAGAUAAAGUGGUGAAGGAGGCAAUAAACAAGCCAUGGUUGCCUCUACCCUUGGGCCUAAAACCUCCUUCAACGGAGAGUGUUCUCGACGCGCUUUCUAAACAAGGCAUCUCCGCCGUCCCUCCACGCAACCACCGCUCUCAUCGCCCCCACUGACAUGCCAAUUGCUUACAGGGAGUCCCGUAUACGGAGGCGUGUUUGAACGCUCCACUCAAGCGCGUGGCGAUGACUUCACCCGACACGAAAGAAAAAGUAGAUCCUUUAACUGAUCCGAUAAAGGUCUUGCCCGUGUGCUGUCCCUCCUUGCUGUGUGGCACAGAAUCAGCCACGUGUUUGGCUUAGAUUAAUCGAAAAUGUUUCGUUUUUUUAAUAUACUCAAUUUAUCUAAAAUUAUCUAUAGUAUUUUUUUAAAACUUUUUAAAAUUA